GACUGGUCGUGGAGCGGAGCUGGAGUCUGGUCUGGUCACCACGGCCAGGUGUUUUACUGAGCAUGCGCCGCUAACUAGACCGACUCGACCUACGAUUUCUCCUCAGACUCCUGCUCCACUCGCGUAUCCAGUUCAGGUCCACCCUCCUUUGUAAAUUGUAGUCCUACUGAUUUCUAGCUCGCCGGGGGCCCAUCUUGCCUCUAUUGUAUAUCUAGCUCUUGGACUUGGCCUGGGCAGGCCGCUUGUCCGCGUGCAAGGCAGGACACUGCACGGCAGGGCACGGAUAGGAGGAUCGAACAGUCAAGCAACACCAAGCCACACAGUGUCCUGUGAUAGUGUGUACCGACUGUACGCGUAGUGCGAAGUGGACUAAUUUAAAAAUUUGUUGAAGAUGCCUUGCUUUCUGUGAACUUCGCAUCGUGCCUACUAGUCCACCUAACCCAAACAUGUAUCGUCAAGUCAUUCCGAGUACAUUCAUGCACUCUUUGCAACAUCAAUAGUACCGAAAAUCCGCGGAGAACAUUUGACUCUGUGAGCCGAGUGGUGAGUUCGUUCUUGCGUAUUCCAAUGCCAUCUUGGUGGUGAAGAAGUUUAGCGAUGAUUCUGGGACUUUCUGUGUUUCCUAACACGCAGCCUUGAUUUCCGCUGUGAAAGGCCAAGCAACCAUCGCUAGCCAGUGAAAACGCAUAGACGACCAAGCAACCACCAACCUAACGUAGCGUCAGCCAGCCAGCGCAACUGCCAACUUCAGGGCUAGGACAGCGGGUAACGGCCGUCACAACGAAGGGGUUCUCCGUUUGCGAGUUUUUCGUCUUGCCUGCAUAUGCCGCUCGGUAUGGUGCGGGUGAUCAUGGUGAUCUAGUUCUGAUUUUCCGGUCACAAAGCACACGGGAAAGAUCUCUGCGGACUGUUAACCAGGACAGAGAGCGUACGGCUUGGCCAACACUGCACGACUAUGCCUGACCCAGAAGCCGUCCCGGGGCCUGCACGACCAGCAGACCGCAAUGCUGCCGCAGCACCCAAUAUCCCUGGACUUCACCCAACCUGGCCUAGAAGGGCCAACAUUCGCCCGGCACCAAACGAUUAUGAAGACCGCUGGCUCCCGCGGCAUGUGCUACGGAUGCGGUGGCGGGUCCAUGUCAACAGAUGCGGCCAAGUUACGGAUGACAUGUUCAACCACCCAGUCUUCUGGUUGCUUCUGGCAAUUUUUGCUUUUGGUUUGUCAAUGGCUCUCUACUUCUUUCUCCCUCAAAUGAACGCAGUGCUCACUUUACUAAGCAGUAUCUUCUUACUGCUUAUUAUCUCGGGUGUGGCGGCCUUCAGGAAACGCUGGAUCAAGCACCUCUGUCCAGCCAGGCAGGACCCAGUUGAACCUCAGAUUCCGGCUAUGCCUGCUAUUCCAUUGCCACCAUCACCGCCACCACCACCACCGCUAUCACCACCACCACCACCACCGCCACCACCAACACCACCACCCACAGCGAGCACCGCUAGCAGUCCGGAGGAGCCAGCUUGCCGGCCAACUCAUCUGGAGCUGAACGGUGUACUGUCCACAGCACCGCCACCCUCGUAUGCCAGCGUGUGCGUCAUACUGCCUGGUCACCAACACUCUGAAGGGACGGGAACACCUCCGCCUGCUUACACCAGUGAUAUGUUGCAUCGUUCUAGAACGUGUCACAAUCUCUCAGUUCCCCAGUCACAUGCAGACCAGGCUGCUUCGUAUAUUAUCGUUUCACCAAAUGACAAUGAAGAGCGGACGAUGAUGAUCGCAAGCAGUAUACACCUACGCCUAUCUCAGGCUCCUACGCUCUGCACUGCCACUUUGCGCUUGUGCCCACCACAACUUCACACACAAGGCUGGUUGAGUCCUGCCGAAUCGGAUGUGGACGUAGAGGCAGGUUCGCAUGAAGUGCACGUGCUUCAUCAUCCGACUCCUAUCAUAAGUCCAGUGUCGGAGUGAGUGAGUGAGUAUGUGUGGUGGUGGUGAUGGUGUGUGCACAUGCGUGUGGGCACGUGCGUGCGCGCGCACGCGCGUGUGUGUGUGUGUGUGUGUGUGUGUCAGCCAGUGUAUGCCGGAGUAUGUGGUGUGUGUGUAAAAAAAAUGGAAAAAUGAAAAAUAGGGAUUCACUGGCCAGAAAAAGUCACUUCAAACAGCUGUGUGGUGGAUACCAGGCUAAAAAUAGUGGCGGUCAAUUCAUCAGCCUUGCAAGCUGUUGAAUGGUGUAAUCCCAGCACAAAUUGCGAUGUCUAACAUAGCUGUUCGCUAUCAUCGCUUACGCGAUGGGCAUGUCUGAGGUGUGUGUGUGUGUGUGCGACGGUGUGUGCGUGUGUGCAUGUGUGUGUGCGGCGGUGUGAGUGUGUGUGUAUGUAUGUGUGUGUGUGUGUUUGUUUGUGUGUGCGCGCGCCGGUGUGAGUGUGUGAGUGUGUAUGUGCGUGUGUGUGUGCAUCUGCGUGCGCGCGCAUGUGUGUAUCCCAUAUCGUGUAGUGGCAUGUACAAUCGAUUUCCAAUCAAGAGUUUACCGGUUCAAUUCCCGAUGAUUAUGGUCUCCCACUCUUUCUCAUUUUACUGGGUGGUUACCUACAGCCAGUGCAUGCUGGAGUAUGACAUUGUGGUGUAGGCGCGCGUGUGUGUGUGUGUGUGUGUGUGUGUGUGUGUGUGUGUGUGUGUGUGUGUGUGUGCGUGCGUGUGUGUGUGCGUGUGUGUGCGUGUGUGUCGCUGUGUGUGUGUGUGUCCCACAUGGUGCAGUGGUAUGUGCAAAUCGAGAGGGACCACUUCUGCCCUUUGUACGUUAAAAAAAAGUGAGGUACAGCCACAAGGAAUCAGUGACAGUGGUCAACGUGACCGAAUGGCAGAGUAACUUACAGGCCUGCUGUUGUGUAUACUGUUGUGUGUGAUGGAGUCCAGGGCCCAUGGCUGUGUAUCCGCUGACUACUGUGUGUAGGAGUUCAGUCCUCUGGCUAGCUGUAUACCGUGCGGUUGCUGCCUUGCUGGUUGGUUUUCCUCUGCUCUUUGAUUAUUCUGGCCGCCGACUUUCUAGAAAGAUACCGUUAGUCUAAAUUAAAAAAAAAGAGGACCAAAAGUUUACAAGUUAUCCACAUUGUCCAACACUAACGAUUAUAAGCAGAUUUUUAAUUAUAACCCUUGGCUCUCCAUCCAAGCAGUCUAAAUUCAUGGAAUAAUGAUAACGUUGGCAUUCAUUUAUGAUUCAUUUUUUUUAACAGCGAGGCCAUGCAUGUAGGCAGGACUCAUUCUUUUCAUCAUGGCCGUUUUCAAGAAUAAAAAAAUGACUCAUAGCGAGGUAUGAGAUGCGAGCAGCACUUCAAUUUUUAUUGUUUUG